AUGUCGGCAGAUGAAAGAAACAAAUUAGUAAAACGACUUUGUCUUGAUUUGUCACGUCUCAUGAGAUCAGAAAUAACCGAUGAUGUCAUUUACUAUUUAUUAUCUAUGGAGUCCUUGCAAGAUUUAAAAGAUUACAUCAAAGAAUUAAUAGAUUUUUCAUCUCCAAAAGCCAAUCCAUUUCUCGACGAUUUGGUUGAUUGCUGGCAAACUUUUAACAUCAAGAAACAAGAUGAUGAAAUAAAAAUUGUCACUAAAACCCAGUUCAUCUUAUCAAAAAUAUAUAUUCCUCAUUUCGUGAUUUCAAUUUCUCCAAAAAAAACCAGCAAAACAACGAAAGUAAAGCUAGCCCACAAAUUAUUAAAAAGACCUCUGCUGGCAAAAGUAAAAAAACUACAUUUCUGCCAUUGUUUGGGGCUGAUGGGAAGGAGAGGAUUGCCAGAAUUCCGGGCAUGCAGACACAGGUGUGAUUGCCAGGCUCAGAGGCAUGCAUUAGUGAACAACUGUUUGGAGUGUGGGAGGGUCGUCUGCGAACAGGAAGGAUCCGGCCCAUGUUUUUUCUGCGGCUCUCUGGUCUGCACUAAGGCGGAGCAAGAAAUCCUCUCGAGAAAUUCCAAUAAAAGUGAAAAGUUGAAAUCAUUCCUCAUGAAGCAAGAGAUAAAAGAAGAGGAUUAUGGCCAUGUUGACGACGAUGACGCUGGCAGUGACGUCAUUCAGAAACUGGCCGAUGUCGAUCUCAUGGAAGCCAUUCAAUUUAAAAAUAAAUUACUUGAAUUCGAUAAGACAAGCGUAAAAAGGACAAGAGUGAUCGACGACGACUGCGACUACUUCUCGACGGAUUCAAACAAGUGGCUGAGAAAGGAGGAGAGGGAGCUGCUGAGGAAAAAGGAGGCAGAACUGAGAGAGCAAAGAUUCGGAUCUCGUCUAGGUCCCCGAAAGUACAACAUUGAUUUUGCUGGCAGAGAGAUUAAGGAAAUCGACACGAGAAACGUAAAUAUGUACAGUCCGGAUGACGACGCCGAUAAUUUAGGCAGUGGGGGUGACCACCUAACUGGAGAUGUUGAUGGUUCUGCUGCUGAUGGUGGAGGAGAUUACAGCAUUCAUAAUAUGGAUCUCAUGAGACCGAUUUUCACUGCGGACGACCUAGAAACUUCUGACACAUCUUCAACAACAGCUUCGAAAAAUUUCCACCUCCACCAACAACCCCACCACAAUCGAAUGAGGGUGGUGCAAGAUUCUGGGGUACAGAUGAUGGUGGACGAGGGUAUGUGCCUCAGUAUGCAUCAACCAUGGGCCUCACUUCUGGUUGCUGGCAUCAAAAAGCACGAAGGCCGCACGUGGUACACAGCGCACAGAGGAGUUCUGUGGAUCGCUUCCACGUCCAAAAGACCAGAUGAAACUGAUAUCGAUGCCAUGGAGAACUUUUAUAAGAAAUUUUACAAUGGUUAUUUUAAAAACUUUUUUGAAUAUUUAAAGUAUGCUGAUGAAAAUAUCAAAUUUCCCAAAACAUAUCCGUCAAGCUGCUUAUUGGGCAGAGUGAUUGUUGAAGACUGCAUAUCAGAAGAUGACUACAAAGAUCAAUUCCCAUCCGGUGAGUCAGAGAGUCCUUUCGUGUUGAUAUGUGGAGAUCCAAUGGAAUUGAAGGUUAAAUUUCCUAUAAAAGGGAAACAUAAAAUAUAUAAGUUGGAGCCAUCUCUGCAUAAAGGCGCCAAAAAAGCCUUAUUCCACACGUUAUCAUGA